GCCAGUUUAGAGGAAAAACGGACAGAGGGGAGGGACACAGAAAGAGCGAGAGAGCGAGCGCAAUGGUCAACUCCUCAAACUGCAGCCCCUUCGCGCGCCUCAGCCCUCCUCCCGGGGGCUGAGAUUGGAGAGGAAGUGGGAAGGUUCCGAUCUGCUCCUCAGCCAGUGCCCUCAUGCCCCCACCCUUCUCCUCAGCACGGGGCUUCGGCGCGCCUCGUCCCCGCCCCUCGCCCCAGGAGAGGAGAGGGCGGCGCAGUAGGCCUCACGGAGAAAAGCCGGGGCCGGCCGACCGCAUCGGCCCCACAGCCACGUCCACCGAAGCCGGGCACCCCAGCCCCGCGCCCGCCGGAGAGCCAGGCCAGAGGACAGCCUCAGAAACCGCGGGCGCCGGAUGCGCGCUCGCGUCACUUCCGGGCGGUGCAGCGGCGGCCACUUGGAAGAUGGCUGCGCCCUGUGGCUCGGAGCUGCCCGCCAACUCGCCGCUAAAAAUCCCGAAGAUGGAGGUGCUCUCCCCAGCUUCUCCUGGUGGCCUGAGCGACGGAAACCCAUCGCUGUCCGACCCUUCCACGCCUCGGGGUGCCUCCCCGCUCGGGCCGGGCAGUGCGGCGGGCUCGGGGGCAGCGGCGUCCGGGGGUCUCGGGCUGGGGCUGGGGGGCCGCAGCGCCGCCUCGUCCUCGGUCUCCUUCUCCCCUGGUGGCGGCGGUGGCGGGGCUGCGGCAGCCGCCGCCGCCGCCUGCCGGGGCAUGUCGUGGACGCCGGCCGAGACGAACGCGCUCAUCGCAGUGUGGGGCAACGAGCGGCUGGUGGAGGCGCGGUACCAGCAGCUGGAGGGAGCCGGCACGGUGUUCGGCAGCAAGGCCCCCGGGCCGGCCAUGUACGAGCGCGUGUCCCGGGCCCUGGCCGAGCUGGGCUACGAGCGGACCCCGUCCCAGUGCCGGGAGCGCAUCAAGCUGGUUCGAUGCCCAGAACUGAAUGCUGUGCUCCAGCUGUGGCCUCACCGGUGCUGAAUAGAGAGGAAGAGCCACCUUCAUAGCUUACAUGUGAUUCCUCUGCUUAUACAACCCAAUACUGGAUUUACUUACUUUGGCAAGAUAGCUGCAUUGUGCACUGUAUUUAAUGUUACGUGUACUGUAACCCUGGGUCUUUCUCUGCAUUGCUGCCGUUAAACCCCCAAUCCUGCCAAUCUAAAACUCCUGCCUUUGUUCGCCUGUCCCCCUUCCCCAUAGACUCCCUGUAUAUUCAUCCACAAUGAAUGUCAUCUUUUUAUCCUCUCAUUUCCUUUUACUCUAAUCUUAAACUUUGACAAAACUUUUCAUGCUGUCCUAUAAAUUGUCAUUUGUCGGCCGUCUUAUUUUUCUCCCUGCUUUGAUAAUGGAGACAUCUUCCAAAUCUUUCUUCUGGUUCUCUUCCUUUUGUAGUUGUUAAGCACUUGGAAUGGUGGAAUUUUUUAGUAAACAUUCGCCUGGCAUUUCUUGUAAGUCAGAUAUCCAUAAACUCCUCAGGUUUGACCAUCUGAUGAACUUAUCUUUACUUUAGUUCUAUCCUUCUUAUCUCACAGUUUUUCCUCAGGGAGGAGACACAAACAUAAUAUCCAUUUACCCAAGAAAUUUCUUGGUUUUUUUUUGGUACCAGGGAUUGAACUUGGGACCUUGCCUUUGCAAGGCAGGUACCAGUACUACUGAGCUAAAUCCCCGGCCCCCAAGAAAUUUCUGAUAACAAGGAAUGUUAUAACUUUUAAUCGUGCAUAGUAUAGUCUGAUAAUUUUAAGCAAGUUAUUCAUCUUCCCCAAGACCUUUGUGAGGGCAAAUUAGAACUUAAAUUACUAUAACUUUCUAAGAUAAGUGAGGUAAAGGAAGGGAAAUAAGGUUUUGUGUUGAGUAGGAUGUGGCUCCCAAGAAAGCCAAAUGGAAGUUCUAUUGGAUUUGCUAGCUGUCUGGAAUGGUGAUGAGACUUUGUUUUUCCUGGAAUCUGGAGCAUUGUAAUCUCAGACUUAGAGUACAUUUUUAAGUUGGUUUAUUUAAGACUGCUGAUAUAGACACCUAUUCUUUUAAUUAUAUGCUUUGUUUAAUGAGAAUAUAGAAUGUGUAACCUUUUCUGCUUUACUGUGGGUGAUAAUGAUCUCCAUACAUCGUUUUUUAUCCAUUUCUGAGCUCUCUCAAGUUUAAAUUGCAGUGUUUCUUUAUAGUAGCAGUGAAGCUGAUGUUUAAAUUCUUCUUUUUUCUAUCUUUGUUGAUGUGGUGUAUUUGGUAGACCAGCCUAAUUUGUGGUCUUUACUGAAACCAGAAGUUACUGGUUAUGUGUAUUUAUAUCUUGAGAGAGUUAAAAUCAAUUUGAAAAUCUUUUAAACAUUAUUACAGCACAUCAGAUUACUAUCAUAUGGAUUUAGGAGUUAUCUUCCCUUCAGGCACCACAUAGAUAUUUUAUAUAUCAGCAUAGUACACUAUAAAAAUAUUUUGCAAAAGUGUACUGUAAGAGGUGGCAAGAUCCAUUAGCCUUUUAUGGUGAUAUAUAAAAUAUAUCACCUGACUCUUCUAUAUCUAUAGUCAUUAAAUAUUGCUACUUUCAUUAUGUAUGAUUACAUAUGCCAAGUGAAAUUCUAAGGUCAAUUUGAUGGUUUCCAAGAGAAUGAGUCUUUUCUGUUUCCCACCAUGUAUACUAUCAAAAAUUGGUGGUUUUGCUUACAUUUGUUUCAUUUCCUAAUAAGUAUGAUACCUUUCUUCAAAGGAACAUUGGUUUUAUUUUUUGACUUGUGAAUUAACUCUCAGUGACAGAGCUGAGUGGACUUGACUGAACUCUUUUGUGCGCUAAAUGCUUUUCUCUAGACAGCCAGAAAGAAGUGAACAGUGGCACAGUUUCCAUCUCCAUUUAUGGCCUUGGAAGGUUGAAAGGGACAGAGUUGGGACUCUCCAUUUAUGGACCUUGAAGGAGUUGAAAAGAGUGGUUGGGGUGCUCUUGGAGGCAGAAACUAGACAUUAUGAGAUAAAAAUAAAUUGGCAGGAGAUGUUUGCAAUACAAAUUCCCGUCCCUGCAAGAAGGGAAGAGGGUGCUGGGAAAGGGGAGUAUGUAGACGGUCAGAUGAGAUUGCUGUGGCAUUUGUCUCCUUCCAUUGUAAGACACAUAUUUCCCAAGUUCAUGUGUCUGGUUUAUUCUAUCAAGUUAUGUAUGUCUAAUGUCGUUGUAGCUAUCCUUUAUGAAAAGGAAGAAGAGACACUUUUUAAAGACUGUAUUACUGGAAACCUCAGUUCUGAGCAUCAUUUGGGGUACCAAAAGAAGUCUCAAGAAAGGGAAAAUGGGUCACAUGCUUGUGCUACAGGCAGAUUGGUUGGUUCUAAGGCAGGUGAUUAAUUCUUGCUCUGUUUGUGUCUAAGGAAGAUCCUGUAUGUCAUGCUCUUGUUUCUUUUGCCUAUCAUUAUUUCUGAUCUCCAGGAAUAGGUUUAAAAAGUACUUGACAGUAUCUUACAGGUUGUUAUCUGUGAUUUAAAGAUAAUGAACUUUCACAGAUCUAUGAAGAGUGUUGAAAGUUGUUUUAGUUAAGUAAUAUAUUGACUUAUGGAAAGUAAUCCCAGCUUUAGGAAAACUUUAUAGUCAUGGUAAUGCCUAUAAAUUAAGUCAGGGGUGAUCUGAGUUUAUGUAGUUGAGUUAGAUACUAUUUGGAAGCCACUAGAGAAAAAGAGUCUCCUCUCUCAAGAAAAUUCUGUGAAACCCAGUAACGUUGAAGAGAGAUUAGAAGGAACAAAAAGAGGCAGAGGUGGAAUAAAACCUGGAUGUGACUAAAUUUGGAAGCUGGGACUAAUUUCUUAUCUUUCAAAGUAUCAUAUAAGAUACCGUAAGAUGUAAAUUAAACUCAGUAAGCUGGGCUAGUAAUCAGAAAUAUGCAUUAGAAAUAAAGACCAUGGAAUAAUUGAAGGAUUGCACAGUAUAAUGAAAUUAUUUAAGUUUUAUCUGUGGACUUACUUGCUGAUAAUUUGUUGUAUGCAUGUGGCAGAAAAGGAAGUAAAAUAAUUUUCCUAUUUCAUCCUCCCUUUAGAAAAGAAACUAUUGGUCUUGUUUGGUUGUUUGUUUAGUUUGAGUUGGUAGACUAGUAAAAUGUAUUUAGGUAUUAUUUUUGGAUUUGUAGGAAUAAUGUACUUCUCGAUCAUUGAUGUCUGAGACUGGGAACUUGUGUUACUGAUUUGCCUUCUGUAUUAAAUUUUAGCAGCUUCCACAAAGAUAGUGAAUUAGUAAGGAAUAGACUAUGUAAAUAAAUAAUAUGCUUUACUAGGUAGUUUGUUUAGGCAAAUUUUUUUACCCCAUAUUUCUUUCUUAAUCAAGAAUAAGGAAGGUGUUCUUUGCUUUGGGAAAUUCUUCUUUCUGUCCUCCUUCCCUCACUUUUUCCAAAUUCUGGGCACAUAGCAGCUUUCUCUGUUCUGUGGCAGGUGUGCAUCCUAUUGGCUGGCUGGUAUUUCUUGUUUUUUCUUCCCCUUAGUCUUUUUUAAAUGGGGGUGGGGGUAUAAAAUAUGUGUAUGAGAUACAUGCAAUAAUGUUUUAAUGUUUCUUGUUGUUUAAUGGAUACUUAAUUGCAAAAUAAUUGUUUGAAUUAUAACAUGUUUGAGUAAAUGCUAAAUUAGUAUUUUUCUAAUAUAAUAAUGAAUUUGAAAUCUAGUAUUCCUGUAACAAUGUGUCUAUGUUUGUCUGUCUGUGUCUGUCUAAUAGUAAUUAAUAUCUGUGGUCCGUAUCUGGAAGAGGAAGUACAGCUUUAAAGGAAUAACAAAAGACUUUGUGUCUUAGACCCUUCGCAGGUGUUACAGUCGGGUGAAAGAACAUGGUGUUGGGAAAAGAAAGAGCAGUUACACAUUUGAACAGUUGGAACAGGUGUUUGGUCAGGGAGGAUGGGAUGCUCAGCCCUGCCAGCCUGUACUUAUUAACAGUAGUGGCUUGUACCAGGAGCUGGAGUCAGAUGGCAGCACUAUG